CAGGUGCCGGAGCCGGAGGUUGGUGUCCCCCUGCUGGGGUGAUCUGGCGCAGAACGGAGGAGGUGCUUGCUCCUGCUCCCGCUCCUCCCCUCUCCUUGCGGCCUCCCGGAGGUCGACCCUCUUCUUGCGGCCUGCAGUAGGAUGUUUAUGACGCCUAAGAGGAGCAAAAUGGAAGUCGACGAGUCUCGGGUUUUCCGGGCCGAGUGGACCCAGCGUUACUUGGUGGUGGAGCCUCCGGAGGGCGAAGGGGCCCUGUGCCUGGUCUGUCGCCGCCUCGUCGUAGCCACCCGCGAACGCGAUGUCAGGCGCCACUACGAGGCCGAGCACGACUACUACGAGCGGUAUGUGGCGGAGGGCGAGCGCGCGGCCCUGGUGGAGCGUCUGCAGCAGGGCGACUUGCCCGUGGUCACCCCGCUCACUCCCGAGGAGAGAGCCGCCCGUGCAGGCCUCGGGCUCGCCCGCCUCUUGGCCUUGAAGGGUCGCGGCUGGGGUGAGGGGGACUUUGUGUACCAGUGCAUGGAGGUGAUGCUGAGGGAUGUGCUGCCCGAACACGUAAGCGCUCUGGAUGGCGUUGAUUUAUCGCCAGAGGUCACGCGGCAGAGGGUCCUCAACAUUAACAAGAAUCUACGCAGUCAGCUUUUUAACCGAGCCAAGGACUUUAAAGCCUAUUCCCUUGCCUUGGACGACCAGGCCUUUGUGGCCUAUGAGAACUACCUCCUGGUCUUUGUCCGUGGCGUGGGCCAGGACUUGGAGGUACAAGAAGAGCUUCUGACCAUCAUCAACCUGACUCGUCACUUCAGUGUUGGGGCCCUUAUGGCGGCAAUCCUCGAGGCCCUGCAGACGGCAGGGCUUAGCUUGCAGCGAAUGGUUGGACUCACCACGACCCACACGCUGAGGAUGAUUGGUGAGAACUCAGGACUAGUGUCAUACAUGAGAGAAAAGGCUGUAAGCCCCAACUGUUGGAAUGUUAUCCAUUAUUCAGGAUUUCUGCACUUGGAACUGUUGAGCUCCUACGAUGUAGACGUUAACCAGAUUAUAAAUACUAUAUCUGAAUGGAUAGUUUUGAUUAAGACCAGAGGCGUUAGGCGCCCCGAAUUUCAGGCUCUCCUCACUGAAUCUGAAUCAGAGCAUGGCGAAAGGGUUAACGGACGGUGUCUGAACAAUUGGCUUAGAAGAGGGAAAACUUUAAAACUGAUAUUUUCCCUGAGAAAAGAGAUAGAAGCCUUCCUGGUUUCGAUAGGGGCCACAACGGUCCAUUUCACAGACAAGCAGUGGCUUUGUGACUUUGGCUUCUUGGUGGAUAUCAUGGACCAUCUUCGAGAACUCAGUGAACUGUUGAGAGUUAGUAAAGUCUUUGCUGCCGCUGCCUUUGACCAUAUCUGUACCUUUGAAGUUAAGCUGAGUUUACUGCAGAGACACAUUGAAGAAAAAAACCUAACACACUUUGCGGCCUUCAGAGAAGUUGUCGAUGAGCUUAAACAGCAUCUUAAAGAAGAACAAAAAAUAUUUGAUCCCGAUAGGUAUCAAGUGGUGAUCUGUCGCCUGCAAAAAGAAUUUGAGAGACAUUUCAAGGACCUCCGGUUCAUUAAAAAGGACUUGGAACUUUUUGCGAAUCCUUUUAAUUUUAAGCCUGAAUAUGCACCUAUUUCAGUAAGAGUGGAGCUAACCAAACUUCAGGCAAAUACUAACCUUUGGAAUGAAUACAGAGUCAAAGACCUAGGGCAGUUCUAUGCUGGCUUGUCUGCCGAAUCUUACCCAAUUAUCAAAGGGGUUGCCUGUAAGGUGGCAUCCUUGUUUGAUAGUAAUGAAAUCUGCGAAAAGGCUUUUUCGUAUUUGACUCGAAACCAACACACUUUGAGCCAACCCUUGACAGAUGAGCAUCUCCACGCCCUGUUUAGGAUUGCCACAACUGAAAUAGAGCCGCAUUGGGAUGACCUUGUGAGAGGAAGAAAUGAACCCAACCCAUAGGCCUUGGUAGUACGACACUGAGACGCUCAGAGUCUGAUUCUAAAAGCAAACCUUUGCCUGAUUUUUCAAGUUAACUAAUUUGGAUUGUGGCAAAGCACCAAGUUUAUUCAUCCAAAUUGAUCACGAUUCAGAUUCUUCUGACAGAGGUGUUUUUGUUUUUGUUUUUGUUUUUUUCAUCUCAAGAGGCAGCAUGGGACUGACACAUGCAAACACCUUUUUUAAAAUUUAAUUUAAUGACAAUGUCAUUGUCUUUUACUUUUAUGAUACGAUUGUUUCUAAAGAAAUUCAGUACUGAUAAUGCGAGUUGAAUUAGAAGUCUGUUUUUCUGGUGUUUUGAAGAAGUUUUAGCUCUUCUUUUGAACAAAGUGUUAAAAUUUUGAUGCAUAUGAUCUGAAGUUAUCAACCCCAUAAAUGUAUGUUUGAGCCAGUUUGCAGAAACUCACAUAGCAAGUUAAGAAGUUUCUGAAAAGGAAGAGCGUACAUACAGUGGAGGUAUUUUGUCUAACUAUCAAAGUGUUUGUUUGAGACUAUUUUUUUUUAAACAUUUUUCUGAGUCCUAAGUAAAUAUUGACAGAUUUCCUCCUCAACUCCCCCUCCUUCCCCCGCAACCAGGCCUAGCAAUGAUUAGAGGGGAAUAAUCAAAAUUUUAGUCAGAGGAGUAAGAAUUAUGUUUCAAUUGCUGGUUUAGGAGGCUUCCUGCAUUUUGGAGAUCAGACUAACCAAUUAUUGGGGAUUUCCCCUGAAUUUUUCACACUUGGGUGCUGUUUUGUCAGCUUGCCUAUUAAAGGACUACGGUAAGUAUAGAAUCUUAAUGGUUGCCCGUUAGUAGUUCUUUAUUCUACUCCAGAUAGAAGUUUGGCCCUGUCAAAAAAGGAUGAGAGAAUAAGAUUUUUGCCCUCCAGGAUCAGGAGGUGGGAGGUAUUUUAGCUUAUUAUGCAUGGGUGUUGACUGCUUCAUAAAGAAACCCUGUUAAAAGGAAACCCUUUAGUUUAAAGUGGUAAAGAUCUCAGACCGUGUUAGCUGCUGGAAGUGGAUUUAUUAUAGAAUUUAAAACUGUCCCACUCGUUCUGUAUUUAAGAUAGUGCACAAGUAGAAAUAUUUAACUUUCAAGAAGCAGCUUUAUUAACAGAUUGUGGCAAUUCCAUAUUUCUAGUGAGACAUCUGCUUUGUGCUAAAACAGUUAUUUUCAAACCUACGUUAACCGUGGAAAGAAAAUCUUACAGUAAAGCCAAAUAUACAAAACGAUUUAAAGGCAGGACCCAGCUUAGAGGUCCUCUCAAGUACAGUUUGCAAACUUGUGCUAAAGUCCUGUCUUAACCUUUGUAACACAUUCUGUGGUCACUAAUCCAGCAAAUUCAUCGAACCAGAUACAACCAAGAAUUUAGAAGGAAUUGAUGCCUGAGCAAUCAAAAUCGAUGCCAUAAAAGCCCAGGAACCAAGAUUGUGUCACUGGUUCUCAACCAGAAGCAGUAACCCCUCUUUCCAGGGGUUGUUGGAAAGCGUAGGGGACUUUUUUGGUUCUCAGACUCCCUGGGAGGGCUCUGCUGGCAUUCCGCCUGCCCCCACAGUGCACAGGACAGCCAGGCACAAUGGAGAAUUAUCCUUUGCAAAGUGCCAGUAGACAGCCCCCCCCCCCCCAUUGUAGAUUAUUUUGUUUUGAGGGACAGGGCAAAUUACCGGUAGAAGCAGAAUGAAAGGGCAAAUCUGGCACACCGAUGAUAUUUGAUAGGAACUAAUUCCAACAUCCCAGGUUUGGCUGGUAAAGUGCGGUAAAGGCCUUCAGAGGCUCUGGUAGCUCGCAAUAGCAUUUACGUGUCAGUGAUUUAUACUGAACCAGAUCAAAGGACUCUAUUCUGUUUAAUUAGAGCAGAAAAGCAAGUAUUUAUAAGCUAGUAAUCAAGAAUGGUCAAGUUGAGAUUUUAGUUAACAGGGAAUAAGCUUAAAAUAUCUGGAAAAACAGCAGUUAAAAAAAAAAAAAAACAAAAAACCAGCGCCCCCCCCCCCCCAAAAAAAAAAAUCUACCGGUAAUUUCCCACUAGUUUAUAGAAUUCUCUUUCACGGCAAGUGCUUUAUUGAAAAAAAAAUGUUUGGAGGACCUGCUUCUGCUUUCCUACCCUGGUUCCUCAAAUAUUGAAGUCUUGUACAUUUUGUGAAGUUCCAUUAUAUAUUUUUGCUUAAGGUAAUAAAACUAGUUUGCAUCAUGUAGGUACUGAGUCGGGGGUGGGGAGAUAUAAACUAAGGAUUUAAAAUUGACCCUAAAUAGUAGAGAAUUUGCUAUAAACUAGUCUUGUUUGUAAAAAAGAAAAAAGUGUGUAUAUUACUGUUUCCUGUAUUAAGUAAUUCUGUAACUGCAUGGCAGUCUUUAAAAAAAAAUUUUUUUUUUUUUUUUUACAAAAUAGUCGUUACUGGUCCUGUUGUAUCAGUGAAUAUAGUUAAAAUAAGUACUAUUUUUUAAAAGCCCUAUGUCCCUAUAUAUCUCCCAUUCCUCCUAGUUUUCUUAAAAGAAGUGUCUGUAUUCCCGGUCUCCUGUAGUGCCACUCAAACUGCUCUAGCCAGCCAGAUCCUUGUCAACAUUCUUGCCUUCUCUCACACCACUGACCACUUUUCCUUGAAGUCCUGGUUUACUUUUGCUUCGGGGGCAGAUACCAUCAGCAGGUAUGCUUUCUCAGUCUCCUUCGUGGGUACUCUUUCCCGUCCAUGUUUGUGUUCUUGUGAUGUUAAAACUUGGUUUCAGAACUACCGUUUUGUACCUCCCCUUAGCUGCUGUCAUCUCUGUUCGCGGCUUCAGUUACCGUUUAUGUGCAAAUGAUUCCUAAAUUCCUAUCUCCUUUCCAGGCCUUUCCUAAUCCAUAUAUCAAAUGCUAACUUAAGUCUGCUCUGCCGUCUCAUGGACACCGUGGCAUGUCAUUGAUCUUGCCCCCAAACCUGCUCCUUUUAUGUUCCCUCUUUCAGUAGAUGGCGCGGCUGCUAUCAGUCGUCAUAGCCCAAGCCCAAACCUGACCUGCCCGUGACUCUUCAUCCGUCGCAUCCACUCACGGGAACCUUGGUGUUAAGUUGACUGUCUCUAAAGUUUUUCUCCCUUCUCCAGUUCAGGCCAUCAGCCUACCUUAAUACAGCAACAGCAUCCUCGUCAAGUCUCUUUUUCUCUGGUUUCGAUCCCUUUUUAUGCUGCAGCCAGAUCAUUCCAAAAGACAUAGUUGGUCAAAUCUCUCCACUGCUUUCCCCAUUAUGUAGGAUAACAUACGACUGAUAUUCGUCUUUGAGGUCUCAGUUUAAGUACCACUUGCUCUAGGAAGCCUUCGUAGAUGCCCUCUAGACUAAGAGCCUUCGUAGAUGCCCUCUAGACUAGGUGCCCCCACUGGACACUCCCUAAAUACCCUUUUCUCCUAUUCAUACACUUAGCACACUUUGUUGCUACUUAUUGAUCACUGCUAGACUGUAAGCUUUACCAGGGCAGGGACUGUGCCUUGCUAGCUGUUCUAUAUGUAGUGCUUAGCACAAUGCCUGGCAUUCCAAUAAAUGUUUGGAUGAAUAAAUACGUGUGUAGUGUUUUAUGAUCUUUGAAGCCCUUUUGCAGUCUCAUUUGACCUUCACCGAGGUCCUCCUGCCUUAGCCCGCUUCUUGGGUAAUUGUUAUUCACGUAUUACAAAUUAAAUGAAACUAAGUUCUUUGUGACUACAGAGCUGUAUUCCCAGAAUUUAGCUCCGUGCUUGGCAUGCGGCUCAAAUAUUUACUAUGUGAGUGUUGUUGAGGAAACAAUCUUACAUUGCAGUUUGCCCUAGGAAACAAGAAGUGAGGCCAGGUUUCAGACGCAGGUAUACUCACAUAAAUCUAUGGAAUAUUGAGUCUUUACCUCCUUUAUUUAGAAGUAUUACUAGUUUACUGUUUUUAGUGUUCAAAGGUAGACUUCAAAGGAACCUAGAUGAAAAAUACUGGGCAACCGUUUAGUGAACUAAAACAAUACUUGGGUAAUUAAAAAGUUUUACUCGGCAUCAGAAGAAGAUAAUGCUGCUUAAAAUAUCCUUUUUCCUUUUAUAAUGUGUCAAUCCUAGAAGAAAAUGACAUACUAUUUACUUGCUACUUUCCUUUACAGAUGAUUUCUGGCUCUUCUGGGAUUUAAAAAAAGAGUCUGUGCCUUCCAUGCUUUCCCAAGAGACAAUUUGACCACUCCACAACAUGAAUUGCCCCUACGUAAGUUAUUUCUCCCAUCCUCCAGUAGCAAUUUCCUGAAUGCCUCCCAACGAAGCCACGUGUAGUACGUUAAGGUUUUUAAAAAAUGGAGCCACUUUCUGUAUCAGGAUGGGUAAGGUUGUCCUACGGUAACGACCACAGAAUCUCAAUGCCUCACGUAACUUUUUUUCUUGCAACUUGUCUAGGGACUUUGCUCUAGGUCAGGGGUCAACAAACUACAGCCCACAGGCAAAAUCCGUCCUGUUGGCCUGCUGCUGUAAAUAAAGUUUUACUGGAAGACAGCCUUGCCCAUUUACCUAUGUCUGUGGCUGCUUUUGCUCUACCAUGGCAGAAUUGAAUAGCUGUGACAAAGUGCAUAGUCCACUGAGCCUAAAAUAUUUACUGUGUGACCCCACAGAAAACGCUCACUGAUCCCUGCUCUGAGUCUCUGAGACUCAGGUUGACCAGGCAGAUACCAUCUAGGGUGUGGCUGUUCAUUUUGGGAAAUGAGAAGAAUACAGCAAAUCACUUACAGGCCCUUAAAGCACUUUCAUUGACCAAAACAAAUCCCAUGGCCACACCAAAGUUCGAGGAAUAGUGUUAAGUCUUCCACGUGCCUCAAAGGAAAACCAGAAAUACUUGGAAGACAACACUAGAUUAACACAUGGUUAUGUCUCCAUUUAUAUAAUUUAUUUAGAAAUCUUUUUUAGUGAGGUAAAACAUUCAGUAAAGUGUGUAAAUGUUGAGUGUAUGCCUCAGUGGAUUUUUAUAUACACCCUUGAACCCAUCACCCAGAUCAAGAUAGUGAACAUUUCUAGCACCCCAACAAAUGCCCUUGUGUCCCUCCCGCACACAGAUAAACACUACUCUGACCUUGAUCAUCAUAGAUUACUUUUGUCUUUUUAAAGCUUCAUGUAAAUGUAACAAUUACAUGUACUCUUGUGUCUUUUGUUCAGUACUGUGUGACUCAUCCAUGUUGCAUGUAGCAGCAUUUUUUACUUACGUGCAGUAUUCCAUUGUACGACUACCGCAAUUUAAAAUUCCAUUCUACUGUUGAUGGAAAUUUUGGUUGUUUCCAGUUUGUGGUUAUUAUGAAUAAAGUCACUAUAAACAUU